UUAUUUCGUAGACGGGUCCGUUAUUGCAGAUAGUACAUCUAUUAUACAGGAUGCAUAUAUAAAUACUGGUGUUACCGUCACCUGCAAAGAAGACAUCCAGUCCCAGGAAGGCUGGAUAGAGGUGAUUUUGCCAGCUAAACGCAGACGAGAUCCGAAGCCGGUUGCAGCCAAGCUGCUGUUUAUGGCAGAAAACUACAAAGAAGUAGUCCAGAAGCGUGUUGCUUUCCUCAAGGGGGGGGAUAUAUGGUCUUCCAUCAGUCAGGAGAAGGGGGUGGUGAAGCAAGCUAUGACCUCUGGUUCACAGAUGGCCAAGAUGGGCGAACAGCUCAAGAGGGACCUCAAACGGCAACCUACAAGACAACUCAGUUCUACUCCUGCUAGAUAUGAGUCUGAUUCCGACGACACAUGUUGAUAUUUUUGAUCCACCCAAAAAACAAAAAAUGGUGAUUAACACCAGUGAGGAGGAGGAGGAGGACGCCAUCCCUCAGGCGGAGUCUCAGCGGCCAGGGACAGUGCCUGCAGUUUUUGUUGAGUUGGAUGAGGACAGUUUGAAGGCUCUGAAAGAGCUGCCAAGACUGGUGUCUUCACUCAAAACAGUCCUAAACAAAAUGCAAGAUUCACCUUUGUCUUCCAUGAUUUCCAGCCAAAGCGAAUCCCCGCGCACUAGCAGCGAAGAAGACAUGGUGUCAUUGGGCAACUCAUUAGUGCAAAAACGCCUCUAUCAGAGGCUGAGUGGGAGGAGGAUGUCCCUCUUCACACAAGAACUGGCCACAUUGGUGUUUGGCAGGGAAACUUUGGCCAAGGCAACCCUCACAGGAAAAGGAAAAAAAGGCGAGCUGAAGGAACAGCUUGAGCCAGAAAAAACCAAUGCAAUUAUAGAUGCAGUGAGGGAGCGAUUCCCCAACACCGAGGUGGCAGAGAUCCGGGGCCUUCUACGAAGGAAGUGCAACAAUGAGAGCUACAAGGCCUCUGGUAAUUCGAAUCAGAGCUAGAUUUGCAUGUAGUAAGUUGUUCGCCAUUGUUUGAUCUGU